AUGCCUGCUUCUCUUUAUCAUUUCAAUCUUCAGUUUCAAGUAAAUGUAGCUCAGAGUUUCGUAGCAUUUGUCGCUUUUACCUCAAAGCAGCAGAAAAGCCUGGGGAUUGUAGAAGGGCAUGGCUCUGCGGUUUCUGAGAUAUUAACAGAUCUUCUUCAGGCAUGCAACAAGGGAGUGAAAGUGGCUACCAAGAAGAAGCAGGCAUUGUUUAAUGUUCUCAAAGCAAAGGCUACGAAUCCUUUGUUUGAUAGAUGGCCAAAUCAAUCCGGUAUCGGUGGAGCUUUGCUUCCUAAGAAGGAUCUUACUCGGUAUUUCAAAUGGCCAAAAGCAAACCUUCCUCAAAGACAUAAGAACCGUGGUAAUACUCUCAUCUCAUGA